CCUUCCUUGACCUAACAACUACCGCCACGAUACGAUCUAGACAUCUUCUGCACAACCCAAUUCUCGCAACCAAAACAAACGCACCCACCCGAAUCCCACCCACCUCAAUUCCAGAAAUCCCCCACCAUGGCCGACGGAAUCGACCGCCGCGAAGACCAACGUCUGGAAUUCUCCACGACGAAGGAGGUAACGGUAGCGCCGACCUUCGAGGCGAUGCACCUGAAGGAAACGCUGCUGCGCGGAAUCUACGCCUACGGCUACGAGUCCCCCUCUGCUGUGCAGUCCCGCGCAAUCGUCCAGAUCUGCAAGGGCCGCGACACUAUCGCCCAGGCGCAGUCCGGAACCGGAAAGACGGCUACGUUCUCGAUCUCGAUACUGCAGGUCAUUGACACGGCGGUGCGAGAGACCCAAGCGCUGGUUCUCUCCCCCACCCGUGAAUUGGCAACUCAGAUCCAGUCCGUUAUUAUGGCGCUUGGCGACUACAUGAACGUGCAAUGCCACGCGUGCAUUGGCGGCACCAAUAUCGGCGAGGACAUUCGCAAGCUCGACUACGGCCAGCACGUGGUUUCGGGCACGCCCGGACGCGUCGCGGACAUGAUCCGGCGUCGCAACCUGCGCACGCGACAGAUCAAGAUGCUCGUGCUCGACGAGGCCGACGAGCUGCUGAACCGCGGGUUCAGAGAGCAGAUCUACGACGUGUAUCGAUACCUGCCGCCGUCCACCCAGGUCGUCGUCGUUUCUGCUACCCUCCCCUACGAUGUGCUCGACAUGACGCAGAAAUUUAUGACCGACCCCGUGCGCAUCCUGGUUAAGCGUGACGAGCUCACGCUGGAGGGCCUGAAACAAUACUUCAUCGCCGUGGAAAAGGAGGAGUGGAAAUUCGACACGCUCUGCGAUCUCUACGACACACUGACCAUCACGCAAGCCGUCAUCUUCUGCAAUACGCGCAGAAAGGUCGACUGGCUGACGGAGAAGAUGCGGGAGGCCAACUUCACGGUCAGCAGCAUGCACGGCGAGAUGCCGCAGAAGGAGCGUGAUGCCAUCAUGCAGGAGUUCCGGCAGGGAAACAGCAGAGUCCUCAUUUCGACCGAUGUCUGGGCGAGAGGUAUCGACGUCCAACAGGUCUCCUUAGUCAUCAACUACGACCUGCCGAGCAAUCGUGAGAAUUACAUCCAUCGCAUCGGUAGAUCGGGCCGUUUCGGACGCAAAGGUGUCGCCAUUAACUUUGUCACCAGCGAGGACGUCAGGAUCUUGAGAGAUAUCGAGUUGUUCUACAGCACCCAAAUCGACGAAAUGCCCAUGAACGUCUCCGACCUACUAGCAUAAGUGGGCAUGAACUGCGUCGGGGAAACUGUGUAGAUUACCAUAAUUUGAUAGUUACUUUCUCAGUUGUUGAAGACCUGGGCAAAAAGGAAAAGGAAUAAGUGAGGGGGAAAUGGGCUAUGACUACCAAUGGUUUGUGCCCCGGCCCCUGUUGUGGUGCAACUAUUCAUUAAUGAGCACUCGCUUACAUAUUGUGUGUGAUAGACUCUUUUUUUACUUGAUGAGGGGUGAGAAUGAGUAGGGCACUGAGAAUGUAGUUAUCGGGGUGAUGAUGCUCAAUGAGAUCAAUGAUAUGAACAAAUG